GCCAGCGUGAGGGAGCGCGCCCCCGAGGCCAACUUCCAACAACUGUGCGCGUCCCCGAGCGGCUGCUACUUAGCGCCUGGCGUCUCGCCUCUGCUCGAUGAGCCUCGCGAAUGUGUGUCUGUCAAGCUAACCAACGAAAGACGGACUACAGUCAGCCGCUGUCGAUCCCCUCGCCGUGGACUCGCCCCUGCGUUCGCUACGGAAUAAAGGAUAUUUCGUCCGAGAGGUCCUCACGUUUCAAGAGAAGACGAAAGCCUUAUUUGGAAAUCUUAUGGACGAAGAAAUGAGUCGCCAGACUGCCACCGCGCUGCCCACAGGAACCUCCAAGUGCCCCGCCUCGCAGCGUGUGCCCACCCUGUCGGGGACAACUGCCUCAAACAGUGACCUGGCCAGUCUGUUUGAGUGCCCGGUGUGCUUCGACUAUGUCCUACCCCCUAUCCUGCAGUGCCAGUCGGGGCACCUGGUAUGCUCCAACUGUCGGCCCAAGCUCACCUGCUGCCCCACGUGCCGAGGGCCGCUGGGCUCCAUCAGAAAUCUGGCCAUGGAGAAGGUGGCAAACUCUGUCCUCUUCCCCUGCAAAUAUGCUUCAUCGGGCUGCGAAGUCACGUUGCCGCACACGGACAAGACCGAGCACGAGGAGCUGUGCGAGUUCCGACCGUACUCGUGUCCGUGCCCUGGCGCGUCCUGCAAGUGGCAGGGCUCUCUGGACGCCGUCAUGCCUCACUUGAUGCAUCAGCACAAGUCCAUCACCACAUUGCAGGGGGAGGACAUCGUAUUUUUGGCCACAGACAUAAACCUGCCUGGCGCAGUGGACUGGGUAAUGAUGCAGUCUUGCUUCGGCUUCCACUUCAUGCUGGUGCUGGAGAAGCAGGAGAAGUACGACGGCCACCAACAGUUCUUUGCCAUCGUGCAGCUCAUUGGGACUCGCAAGCAGGCGGAAAACUUUGCUUACCGGCUGGAGCUGAACGGCCACCGGCGUCGCCUGACCUGGGAGGCCACGCCGCGCUCCAUCCACGAGGGCAUCGCCACCGCCAUCAUGAACAGCGACUGUCUGGUGUUCGACACGUCCAUCGCACAGCUCUUUGCGGAGAACGGCAACCUGGGCAUCAACGUGACCAUCUCCAUGUGCUAAGAACUCGCUAGAAAAAGGGGGUCAUGAAGUUCUAGAUAGUUGGGGGAGGGGCAUUUUGAGGGGGUCACUUGUGACCUCACUUCGCUCUCUCACUCUCUGCCGCACCCCUUGAAGACACUAUCGAAUUGGACUGUCUUAUCAGGCAGCCACGGAGACCCAGGGGGUGGCUGGAACGGAUGAAUGGACGGAUGGAUGGACAUGAGGACAUAUAACUGUGUAGAGAUGGCCAUAGCCUUAUAAACACAACACAAAUUAGUUUAUGAGAGAUGCGCGGUCUCUAUUAAUUGUAAAGAUGGACGUCCAAAAAGCUAUCAGUGUCUUCUCCUUCCCGUUAUUUAGUGUCUCCCCACCGUCAUCUUCACACACUACACAAUUCAACAUGGACUCCCGGUCUCUGCUCAGCAGUUAGCUAGCUAGCUAUCUCGUCGCAUCGCAACGGACCUUCUGGAUCACAUCUCGCAACACUUGUGGUUCUGCAGCUGGCGGAUGUGAUAACCGGACCUGCUCGAGUCUAAAUUCUGUCCUGUUAGGCGGAAGUUACGUGGCGAGCUGGACUCUUGUUUAGAUGAGUUGAUUGUUGGUCAUCGCUGUUACACCCCUUCCCUUCCCUUCCCCUCCACGUGAUGACUCUUGGAUUGCCCUCGUCGUACAUUCGCCAAUGCAAGUGAUCACAAUGGUUGAGUGCUCACAGAUACUUGCAAGUAUGUGUGCAUGUGUGUCUGGAAGUGUGUGCGCAACUACGAAACAGGUCUCAGUUGAGUCGAAGUCACAUUUCUUCAAGAUUUAUGAGGUUGUUGUUUUUUUCUAAGUGCGUGCACGUGCGUAUGAGCGAAAGAAAAGUAAACAAUCAGCCUGCUUACCUCCUCCAUGUCUCUAUCGCUCACCUCUGAGCAUCCACACAGGACAGUCACCCUGCCAAGGAUGCUACUGGUAUUAAAUGGUAAUCCUUAAUAUUAUUUUCCUUUUUUCCCAAAACAAAAAGGCAUUUGUAAAACUUGUGGCUAAACUUCUGUGUUUUGUAGUUAAAAUUGUUUUCUCCUCUCUCCAGUCCUCCGCCCAGUUGGAUUGUUCUUUUCUUUCCUCCCUUCCGUUUGUCUCUCUCUGUCCUCCUGUGGUAAGUCGUAUGUUUUUUUUAUUUUAUAAAUGUGUGAGCAGGGCGGGCGGCUCUCUCCUACUCUUCAUGUGGAGUCUCAGUAAUCUUGCUGCUCUCCCUCAACUUGACCCUCCCUUGACCUUUUGUUUUAACAUGUCAUUAAAUAAAUUUAUCUUUUUCAUA